CAGGCUCCCGCCCCCGCCCCUACAGUCAGCGCUAAGCUUCACCCGGUGGGUCGGCCGAGGGGUCCUGUCCCGGGGGCUUGUUCUCUGGGGAUGUGAGCGAUCUGGCGACCAGACACCCCCUCCUCUAGGUAAGACUAGCUGCGGGAGGCGAAUUUCUGGCAGAAACACCAUCACCUCUGGGCCGCAGCACUUCUGUCUUCCAGUUUCCGCGGCGCGGGCGGGACGAGUACCUGCGCGGCAGAGGACAGGUUGGGACCGGCCUGAGCUACGUCGCGCUGAGGCUCCUGUGCUCUUCUGCCUGCCCGGUGCUGAGGCUCCCCAACUAGGUCUGCGAGAAUCUCACUUUCAGCCAUCUGCCAAGCCAAUUAAAUGAGACCACGACCCCGGUAAAGGGUCAGCAUCCCCCACCGUUAUACCUACGUGCAUCGCUUCUAACUGAAAGGAAACUUGAGCGCAGAAUUCUAGAUCCCAACCCAAGAACGGAGAAAAAGGCCCCAGUGAGAAAAAUGGGACUUGGAAAUGGGACUCUAUUUAGAGACUACGUUAACUGAGAUUAAAGGAAAACACAACCAUAUCUUACAAUAAUAUUUCUGGGAAGGAUACCUAAUGAUUUGUCAAGUCAGGAUUGCCGCUAUAAAUGUGCAAUAGAUGUGAGGAUUUGGAUUAAAGUUUGAAAAGACAGUUCUCAUACAGAACUGUCUUUGCUGCUAUCAAGACUGGAAUACAUUUGUAUCUCCUAAGGCAAGGUGUGUUUUCAUUAAGGAAGCAGAUGGGAAGGAAGCUUUAUUGAGCAACUGCUAUGUGCCUAGAACGAGACUGAGCAGUUCCUGAAGAACCUCGUGAGCCAUGGAUUGUUUCAGAACUUCACCAAGUCAUUCCUGGAUUUAUCCCACGGUGAUCCUGUGCUUAUUUGGAUUUUUCUCCAUGAUGAGACCCUCAGAACCCUUCCUUAUACCGUAUUUAUCUGGACCAGAUAAAAAUCUGACCAGUUCAGAGAUCACAAAUGAGAUCUUCCCAAUCUGGACAUACUCUUACCUGGUGCUGCUGCUCCCCGUGUUCAUCCUGACCGAUUACGUCCGCUACAAGCCAGUCAUCAUCCUGCAAGGAGUCAGCUUCAUCAUCACGUGGUUGCUGCUCUUGUUCGGCCAGGGAGUGAAGGCCAUGCAGGUGGUGGAGUUCUUCUACGGGAUGGUCACCGCCACCGAGGUGGCAUACUAUGCCUACAUUUAUAGCGUGGUCAGCCCCGAGCACUACCAGAAAGUGAGUGGCUACUGCAGGAGCAUCACGCUGGUGGCCUACACAGCGGCCUCGGUGCUGGCCCAGCUCCUGGUGUCCCUGGCCAGCCUCUCGUACUUUUACCUCAACGUCAUAUCCUUGGCUUCCGUCUCUGUGGCCUUCGUUUUGUCCCUUUUCCUGCCAAUGCCCAAGAAGAGCAUGUUUUUCCAUGCAAAAUCCAGCAAAGAAGUACGGAAGCAACCGAACAAAAAUGAGGCGUCAGAUGCACCUUACAAAAUUAACACACCAGGCGGUGAAGAGAAGCCCGCUUCAGAAAUACCCACCAUUUCAGGGAACCUGGAUGGUGGUCCUUUGAGCAGCCCGAUGCCGCGAAAUGUAGCGUUGAAUGUUUUUGUGCAGUGGUUCCAAGAUCUGAAGGAGUGCUACUCCUCCAAGCAACUAUUUUACUGGUCCCUAUGGUGGGCCUUCUCCACAGCAGGUUUUAACCAGGUUUUGAACUAUGUUCAAAUCCUGUGGGAUUACAAGGCACCAUCCCAGAGUUCUUUCGUCUACAAUGGGGCAGUAGAAGCUAUUGCAACCUUUGGAGGGGCUGUGGCUGCCUUUGCAGUGGGCUAUGUGAAAGUCAACUGGGAUCUUCUGGGGGAGCUGGCCCUAGCCAUCUUCUCCAUCAUUAGCGCAGGCUCUCUGUUUCUCAUGCAUUACACGACCGACAUCUGGGCAUGCUAUGCUGGCUAUCUGAUAUUCAAGUCCAGCUAUAUGCUGCUUAUAACCAUAGCAGUAUUUCAGAUCGCAGUAAAUCUGAGUGUGGAACGCUACGCCCUGGUGUUUGGAAUGAACACCUUCAUGGCACUGGUAAUUCAGACCAUUAUGACAGUGAUUGUUGUAGAUCAGAAAGGACUCAACCUGCCGAUCAGCAUUCAGUUUUUAGUUUAUGGGAGUUAUUUUGCCGUUAUUGCUGCCAUUUUUCUAAUGAGAAGCACAUACAUCAUCUACUCAACCAAAUGCCAAAAGCAAGCACAGAGCUCUCCGGCAAGUCAGAACCCAGAUGAGCUCCACCCAGAGGGACCAAGGAAUGUCAUUACAGGAACAAAACUCUGACCUUAUGGCAGCCACUGCAUCCACUGAACAAGGACCUUCUUGGUCACAAAGUCACUGAGCGCCAUAAACUGACACACUUCCAAAGCCUGGAUUUCAAGGAACCUUUUCAAAACCACAACAAAAUCUUAGUUUUAGACCAGAUACUACGUGCCCAGAUGGAUGCUGUUGACAAGACCUGUUGCCUCAGUCAAAUAGCCGAUGUUGGGUACUCCAACCAGUAGCAAGGAUUGGGAAGUUCUGGUUUUGGUUACUCCCUAGGACAUAUCAAUGGCAUGGAAACAAACCACGAGAAAACUCCACUCAACCUGCAGUUGAUGUUCCCCAUUCAUAAGCAGAAAUACUAACUGGACUGACCCCUUUGCUUGUUUUAGAUAUUUUAUCUUACCAAAACAGGCAAGAGAUGGACAUUUUUUUAAAAAUCACAUAGCCAUUCGCCUCCUUCUUUCAUUAAGUGCAUUUCUAUAUUACUUUCAGUUCUCUGCGAGAAUUUCAAGGUCCCAUUUCUAAGGACCUUUCUUCAAUCCUGACAACAUGGUAUUAUUCACAAGCCAUUAUUUGAUUAUAUCACCUAUUUAAUUCUGUCAUGAUUACUUUUUACUUUGUGUUCUGCUGAGCUUUGUUGUUGAAACUUGACCUCGGGAAUAGCCCCAGACAUUCCUCUGUGCCCAGAGAAUGACAUUCAAGUCAGUUGCUGGGGGGCCUAGGGGUGGCAGUGAGUUUUCUCCCUACUGUGACCCUAGAUGGGUGUUUCAAUGCCAUGUUGGUGUGAUCUCUAAAAUAGAAAAACUUAAGUAGAAAUUUCCAGAGUUUCUAAAAGUAUUUGUAAGUAAGAAAACACUGAUGAGGGGAAACACCUACUUUUUAAAUGGCAGAGAUUGUGCUACAUAAAAUAAGGUGUGCAAAAAUAUUAAAGAGCUUUUCUAAAUUUUU